AUGUGGAGAGCGUCAGCCAAGGUUUACGGUUCCAUCUUCUCAACAUGCACCCAGCGGGUUCUAGUCACCUUGGAAGAAGCCGGGGCUGAAUACCAAUUGAUCGAUGUGAGCAUGCAAGAAGGGCAGCACAAGGACCCUACUUAUGUGGCCGAGAAGCACCCCUUCGCAAAGGUUCCCACCUAUGAAGACGAGUAUGUUAAAUUAUUCGAGUCUCGGGCCAUCUGCCGCUACCUAGCAAAGCGGUACUCGCAGGAAGCCGAUCUACUUGGCUCCGAGCUGGGGCUAGCACUCAUGGAGCAAGCGGCAAGUGUGGAAUACUCGUACUUCGAUCCGCCAUUCAAAGGGCUGGCAUACGAGAAGAUCUUUAAAAAGAUGAUGGGGCACGGAGAGCCGGAUGCCCAUUUGAUAAAAGUCUACGAAGAGCAGAUUCAUCAAUGCUUCGACUAUUACGAGAGUCUUCUUGCCAAGCAAACGUACCUGGCAGGAAACACCUAUACUAUUAUUGACGUUUUUCACCUCCCCUGGUUUGCCUUUCUGGACAAGCUGGGAAUUGGACAAGAGGUUGAGACGAGACCACGAUUACUAGCUUGGUGGAAGCUAUUAGCCUCCAUUGCAGCAGGACCAUCACUCACCAUUGAACUGGAGUACUGGUGUUAA